GGCUGCUGCUGCAGCUGAUGUGGCCUCAUGGAUGAGCUGGUACAUGACUUAGCCUCAGCGUUGGAGCAGACGUCCGAGCAGAAUAAGCUUGGCGAGCUGUGGGAAGAGAUGGCCCUGAGCCCGCGGCAGCAGAGGCGGCAGCUUCGCAAGCGGAGAGGCCGCAAGCGCCGGUCGGACCUCACCCACCUGGCCGAGCACACCUGCUGGUACAGCGAGGCCUCGGAGUCCAGUCUGGAUGAAGCCAUCAGAGACUGCCGGGAGGUGGCCCCCCUCACCAAUUUUAGCGACUCGGAUGACACCAUGGUGGCCAAAAGGCACCCCGCUCUCAACGCCAUUGUCAGGAGUAAGCAGCAUUCUUGGCACGAGUCUGACUCCUUUACUGAAAAUGCCCCGUGUCGGCCGCUGCGCCGGCGCCGGAAGGUGAAGCGAGUGACCUCCGAGGUGGCCGCCAGCCUCCAGCAGAAGCUCAAAGUGUCCGACUGGAGCUACGAGAGAGGCUGCAGGUUCAAGUCCGCAAAGAAGCAGCGCCUGUCGCGCUGGAAGGAGAACACUCCCUGGGCCUCGUCAGGCCAUGGCUUGUGCGAGUCAGCAGAAAACAGGACUUUCCUAAGCAAAACGGGAAGGAAGGAAAGGAUGGAGUGUGAAGCCGACGAACAGAAGCAGGGCUCCGAUGAGAACAUGUCCGAAUGUGAGACCAGCAGCGUGUGCAGCAGCAGUGACACGGGGCUCUUUACCAAUGACGAAGGACGCCAAGGGGAUGAUGAGCAGAGUGAUUGGUUCUAUGAAGGUGAAUGUGUCCCGGGAUUCACCGUCCCGAACCUUCUGCCCGAGUGGACUCCUGACCACUGCUCUGAAGUGGAGAGAAUGGAUUCUGGAUUGGACAAGCUUUCCGAUUCCACAUUCCUUCUACCCUCUCGGCCUGCUCAAAGAGGGUACCAUGCACGCCUGAAUCGCCUGCCUGGAGCCGCAGCUCGGUGCCUCCGAAAGGGACGGAGAAGGCUUGUCGGGAAGGAGACCAGCGUGAGCACUUUGGGCAGCGAGAGGCUCGGCCAUCUCAUUAGUGACCCUCGGCAGAAAGAAAAGAAUAAAGCAUUGACUUCUGAUUUUCCUCACGUUUCUGCUUGUGCACAGAAGCUGAACCCGCUCUCUCCCCUCUACUCCCUGGACGUACUCGCCGAUGCUUCUCACCGACGGUGCUCGCCCGCACACUGCUCCGCCAGACAAGCAAACCUACACUUGGGGCCCCCGUGUUCACGUGACAUCAAGAGGAAGCGGAAGCCUGUGGCCACAGCCUCUCUGUCUAGCGCAAGUGCAGUCCACGUGGAUGCCGCCGUGGAACCAGCUGCACCAGCACCGCAGACCCAGAAAUCUCCCAGCUCCGAGUGGCUGGGCAGGACCUCGGCAGCAGAAAAAGGCGCCCACGGCCCUGCAGCCACGUUCUUCAAGAUGCCCCAGGAGAAGAGCCCGGGUUGCAGCUAGAGCAC